CGAUAGAGAAGAUUGGAAGCUCGUCCAACAACUUAUAGAUAGAUAUGGUGGUCAAGACCUCGGUGGAAGUGGAGGUAGUGGUGAUCUGGGAGUAGGUGGAGGUGGGGGAGGAGAUCUUGGUGGCGGUAGAGGUGAUAUAGGAGUAGGUGGAGGUGGGGGAGGAGAUCUUGGUGGUGUUGGAGGUGGAGGGGGUGGUGAUCUGGGAGUACGUGGAGGUGGGGAAGGCGAUGGAGGUGGAGGUGGUGGUGAUCUGGGAGUAGGUGGAGGUGGGGGAGGAGAGCUUGGUGGUGGUGGAGGAGAGCUUGGUGGCGGUGGAGGUGGAGGUGAAGGUGGAGGCGGGGGAGGAGGAGAGCUUGGUGGCGGUGGAGGUGGAGGAGAGCUUGGUGACCGUGGAGGUGGUUCCUAUGGUUGGCGAUUGCUAGGUUAG